AUGAGCUGGAUGUUCAGCAGGUCAGGAGUAUGGGCUAACCGCGUUGUUAUCAACGAUAAUGUUUCUCCAUCCGGGGCGGUCCUUGCCACCGCCGGUUUGAGAUUCGGUUGCUGCGAGAAGAUCGACGCCCAAACAACCAUCUCCAAGGCUAUAGAAUUAGCAACCGAGGUUUAUAUCCCUAUUGUCAUCGCCGGCCUCAAUAGCGACUACGAAACCGAAUAUUCAGACCGGGUUUCUUUGGAUCUUCCACCAGGCGUAGAUAAGUUGAUCCAGCAGGUCAUCAGGGCAAAUCCCAACAUGAUUAUAGUGACUCAGGCAGGAUCACCGAUUGCCAUGCCUUGGGUUCAGGACGCACAUACCCUACUGCAUGCUUGGUACGGUGGACAAGAGACGGGUAAUGCCAUUGCCGAUAUGCUCUUUAGAAAGGCGAGCCGAGGAUACACCUACUUUCACUAUGGCGAAGGUGUUUUCAUUGACUACUGGUAUUAUGAGGAACUUCGCAUACGCCCCUAUUUCUUUUUUGGACACGGGCUACCCUACACUAUAUUCGAAUUCGUAAAUCUUCAAGCACUAAUAUCUUUCUCCUUGGACGGAGACUCUUCGAUCGAAGUCUGCGUGGAGGUUCUCAACUCUGGUGGUCACGACGGAUGGGAAGUCGUCCAGCUUUACAUUUCAGACAAGGAAAGCUCGGUUCUACGCCCUAUUAAGGAGCUAAAGGGGUUUACAAAGGUCUGGAUUAAGGCAUCUGAGACAAUCACAGCCAAGGUCUCACUGGAUAAGUACGCAUUCUCGUUCUGGGACGAGUUGAUGGAUAAGUGGGUGGCGGAAAAGGGGCUAUACCAGAUUAUAGUUGCUACCAGUGCUGACCCUAAGGAUGAGAUUUUGAGACACGACAUCAUGCCCCUGGAGGACUUUGCCUGGUCUGGAGUUUAG